UCUGCUAGUGUAGUUCUGGUAUUAAAAAGACAAGCACGUGUAUCGUUUAAAAGAUGGACGAUCCUUCAAAUAAGAAGAAGUCUGUUGACAAUAAAGCCCACGUGUCAACGAAAAAGAAGCCCAACAAAAAAGGCAGGAUAAUUAUUCGCAAUUUGUCUUUUAAAGCAACAGAAGAGGCAGUUAAAAAUUGGUUCUUACAGUAUGGAGAAAUAACUGAUGUUAAACUACUAAAGAAACCAGAUGGUUCUUUGGUUGGUUGUGGCUUUGUCCAAUUUAAAACUGUUCCCUGUGCAUCAAAAGCUAUCAAGGAAUGCAAUGCAAAACCAUUUUUAGGAAGACCAAUUGCUGUUGACUGGGCCAUCCCUAAACAACAGUAUGCUACUCAGAAUAACAAAACUGAAGAUGUCCAGACACUAAAUGAGAAACCACUGGCUGAAAAUAAUGAAAAGAAAGAAAACCCUGAUGAAGAAAGUGAUGAUGAGGAAGAAGAAAAAGCUUCAGAUAUUAAUGCUGAGGAGGGCUCAGAUAGUGACACUGAGGAGAGCCCAGGUGAUGAUGAAAAUUUAAAUACAGAGAAAAAGAUUUGGAAGGGUGAUAGUGCUGAAGUAGAAAAGAAGAGUGAUGUAGGGGAAGGAAAGACACUGUUCAUUAGAAACUUGGACUUUACAACAACAAAAGAGUCUUUGAAAAAUUUCUUUGAAAAAUUUGGCAAUGUUCACUACGCUUUAUUGUGCAUGGAUAAGGUUAUGGAGCGGCCUAAAGGCACUGGAUUUGUGAAAUUCAGCGAGGCUGAAUCGGCUCAAAAAUGCUUAGACGAAUCUCGUAAUCCUUAUUUGCAAUUGGAUGGCCGCGUUUUAGACGUUGUUCUCGCAGUUACCCGAGAAGACCUAGAAAACAAAAAACAGGAGGCUGAAAAGAAAGAACAUAAGGAUAAGAGAAAUCUGUUUCUUGCUCGCGAAGGAUUCAUUAGACCCGGAACUUUAGCCGCCCAAGGAGUUUCUCCAACUGAUAUGGCAAAGAGGCAACAAAACGAGCUUUGGAAAAAACAAAUGCUUCGAAAUCUCCACAUGUUCAUUUCGCGUGAACGUCUCUGUGUUCACAAUUUACCACCGUCGCUUUCAGAUCAACAGUUGGCAAAACUUUUCAAAAAGCAUUCCUCUCCGGAUGCGAAAAUUGUAGAGGCACGGGUUAUGCGAGAUAUGAAAAUUUUUGGCGAAGGAAAUAUACACCCUUCUAAGGGGUAUGGCUUUGUAACGUUCACGAAACACGAAGACGCACUACUCGCACUGCGUAACAUUAACAACAAUCCAACUUUGUUUUCAAAAGAUAAGCGUCCCAUUGUCGAGUUCAGCGUGGAAAACCGUGCUGCUGUAAAAGCCAAACAAAACCGUGUACAAAAAAGUCUGGAAAACGUUAAAAAAGGAAAGAAUGACAAAAUCAUGCCAAAUAUCGCGUCUACCGUUGAUUUGCCUGUGCAAGAGUAUAGUGGUGCCAAAGCCGAUCCUAAAAUAAAAGGACUGCCGUCGCAUCGAGGACCUAAAAUUCGACAUCGCAAACGUAGCGCACCUGAAGCAGAUAGUGUCCCGGCGAAGAAACCGAAAAUUCGAAGGAAAAUGUUCAAGAAUCCUGAAAGCCGCAAAGCGUCAACCAAAAAGGAAAGGCCGGAGGGCGUUGGUUCCAAAACAAAGGCCGUGAAGAAGAAAACUGAUACACAUCGAAGUAGUGGUACUACUUCUAAAGUAACAAAAGCUACUAUUGCUGGAAAGAAAGGCAAAUGGUUUGAUUCGUAAGUUUUAACUAUGAAUAAAUUGUUGACAAGUCAAUUUACUUUUUUUGCUGUGCUUGUGAACUGUUUCUCUUGUUACAAGCGGAAGGCGGCUGGUGUUUAGAAACCAUUUGUAUUCCGAUAAGCUUGUCGCGUAAUUUACAGAAGUGUGACAACAUACACGUAAUUUUUUUUCUUCA